AUGUUAUGAAGUCAGGGGAAACAAAUGAAGAAGGAAUUAAUGAAAAGGGCAUAAUAGACAAAGAGGUGGGUCACGUGGCACAUGACAAUGAGAAACAGAAAUUGAGAAGAAGCACUAGAGAGAAAAUAACCAAUUCUCAAUUGAGGGAUUACGUGUGUGGCUGAGAGGGAUAUAAGCAUGGUUGGGGGAAUGAGAGAGGGUGGGGAAUAUUGUGGACUCACCUCUCUUCUCUAGUCUAGUCUCUGUGUCUCUUCUGAGUGUUGUUAUCUUUUAGUUAUUUCCAUUCCAUAGAAACUCUACAUCCAUUGUAAGAAAUUUCAUACAGAAAUACAGAAAAGUUUACCCACGUACUCUAUACUGGUACUGUUAUCCACUAUAAUUCAGAAAAUUCUCUUAAUUGCUUGUUUGUUCUUUACAUUUGGUGCUUUCAUUGACCUCCAUGGCUGAGAACACAAGGUUGAAGGAAUUGUCUGCUGAUGUGAAACGGCUUAUGGAAUUGAUGGAGAAACGAGAUCUGCAAUAUUCUGAGCGAUUUGAUCAGAUUGAUGCUGCAAUGGGCAAUCUCGGUCAGAUUCUCGCCGAUGGCGGCUCGAACUCAAGUCGACCUGUGCAGCCAUUUCAGGUAAGGAACAUUAAGCUUGAUUUCCCACGUUUUGAUGGUAAGGAUGUGUUGCAAUGGAUUUUUAGGGCUGAACAAUUUUUUGAUUAUUACAAAACCCCUGAUGAGCAACGUUUAACGAUUGCUGCGGUCCAUAUGGAGAAAGAUGCUGUGCCAUGGUUCCAAAUGAUGAAUCGAAACAAUCCAUUUCAGUCCUGGAAGGGUUUCACCAAAUCAUUGGAGCUGGAAUUCGGUCCAUCCCCUUAUGAUUGUCCACGAGCUACUAUGUUCAAGUUGUCGCAAUCUGGGUCUGUGAAUGACUAUUAUGUUGAGUUCACCGCUCUUGCUAAUCGAGUUUAUGGAGUUAGUUCUGAAGCAUUGGUUGAUUGUUUUGUGAGUGGGUUGAAAGAUGAUAUCAAACGGGAAGUGAUUGCUCAAUGCCCCACUUCCUUACUCAAAGCUGUGUCUCUAGCCAAACUCUAUGAAGAAAAAUAUAUCAAACCAAAACCAACUUAUCCAAGUUCAUUUCCCAGAACUCAAAACCAAUCAUACAGAACUCCCACCAUGGCUCCAAUCUUACCAACACCAAACCUUAAACCUACCACACAACCUCAACGAAAUUCUAAUGUCAAAACCAUGUCUCCUGCUGAGAUGCAAUUGCGCAGAGAAAAAGGCCUCUGUUACACAUGUGAUGACAAAUUUUCCUUCAAUCACAAGUGCCCAAAUAAGCAGUACUUGUUUUUGCAAUUGGUGGAUGAUGAUAACAUCACUGCUGAACCUGAACCUCCUGACAAUUCUGUUCAAGAUGGUGGGCAAGAAAUACUUGAGCAUCAUUUAUCUUAUAAUGCUUUAAAAGGUUCUACGGGUUUAGGAACUAUGAAGUUUCAAGGAUUGAUUAAUGGUCUUCAGGUGCAGAUUCUCCUAGACAGUGGCAGUUCUGAUAAUUUUUUGCAACCAAGAUUGGCUCAUUGUCUCAAGUUACCUGUAGAACCUGUUGCGGAAUUCCCAGUAAUGGUGGGCAAUGGUCACUCUUUAGCUGCUGAAGGACUGAUUAAGGAAGUCCAAGUCCAGGUUCAGGGUCACACUCUUAAAUUACCUGUUUAUCUUCUGCCAGUUUCAGGUGCUGAUUUAGUUUUGGGAGCUACUUGGCUUGCCACAUUGGGCCCUCACAUUGCAGAUUACAGUGCUCUCACCAUAAAGUUUUAUCUGAAUGGUCAGUUUGUAACACUUCAUGGAGACCAACCUCAGUUACCAUCUGCAGCUCAAUGUCAUCAUCUCCGGAGGAUGAGUAACACACAUGCUAUUACAGAAGCAAUUGCUAAAUUUCGUCACUAUUUGCUGGGCCAUAAGUUCAUCAUUCGUACCGAUCAAAAGAGUCUCAGCAGUCUUUUUGAGCAACCGUUGCAAACACCAGAACAGCAAGCGUGGUUACAUAAAUUUUUGGGUUAUGACUUUACCAUUGAGUACAAACCUGGUAGAGAAAACCUUGCAGCUGAUGCUCUUUCCCGGUCUUGUUUCAUGGCAUGGUCACAACCAAAGCUAGAAAUUCUCCACUGUCUAAAAGAAGCCAUUGCUGCUGAUUCAAAACUCACUGAGGUGUAUAAGUUGUGCAUUCAAGGUAAACCGCCCGAUCUUCAUUAUUCAGCACAUGAUGGGCUAUUAUAUUGGAAAGGAAGAUUAGUGAUUCCACGGGACCAUUCUAUGAUCCAACAAAUAUUGCAUGAAUACCAUAGUUCUCCCUUGGGUGGUCACUCCGGCAUCACAAGGACACUAGCUAGAAUUGCGUCUCAGUUUUUUUGGCAAGGAAUGCACAAAGAUGUUAAAACAUAUGUGCAAGAGUGCCUCAUUUGCCAACAGGCCAAGUCUGCUACUACACUCCCAGCAGGCUUAUUACAACCUUUGCCAAUCCCAAUGCAGAUUUGGGACGAUUUAGCCAUGGAUUUUAUUACAGGUUUGCCUCCUUCUAAUGGCUUCACAGUUAUUAUGGUGGUCAUUGAUAGGUUAUCAAAGUAUGGUCAUUUUGCUACAUUGAAGACUGAUUAUUCUAGCAAACAAGUGGCUGAGUUAUUUCUCAAAAACAUUGUGAAAUUACAUGGUUUUCCAAAGACAAUUGUCUCUGACAGGGAUAAAGUUUUCACAAGUCAAUUUUGGCAACACUUAUUCAGGUUGAGUGGCACUACCUUAGCUAUGAGUACAGCCUACCACCCUCAAUCUGAUGGCCAAUCUGAAGUUGUAAACAAAUGUAUUGAAAUGUAUUUGAGGUGUUUCACUUUUGAGAAACCCAAGAGCUGGACUGAGGCACUCCCAUGGGCUGAAUAUUGGUAUAAUACUUCAUUCCAUUGUAGUAUGAAUAUGACUCCCUUCAAGGUAGUUUAUGGAAGGGACCCUCCCACUAUUUCUAAAUAUGUUCAAGAUGCCAAAGACCUUCCAUCCUUACAGGAAUUGCUUCUGCAAAGAGAUAUCAUUUUGUCUCAAUUAAAGGGAAACUUGUUAAAGGCCCAGGCAACUAUGAAGAAAUAUGCUGAUCAGAAAAGGGUGCAUAAAGAGUUUCAAUUAGGUAACUUGGUGUUGGUCAAAUUACAACCUUAUAGACAGCAUUCAGUGGCAUUGAGGAAGAAUCAGAAAUUGGGUCUCAAGUAUUUUGGACCAUUUCCAAUUGUGCAGAAAAUUGGACAGGUUGCCUACAAGUUACUGCUUCCUCCUUCAGCAAAAAUACACCCAGUAUUUCAUAUUUCACAGCUGAAACAAUGCAGAGGAGGACACCACAUAUCUUAUGUUCCUCUACCAUUUAAAACAAAUGAAGUAGGCCCUGUUUUAUACCCUCAGUCAGUAUUAGACACUAGAACCAUCAUCAGAGGCUCUCAACAAAUUUUUCAAGUCUUGAUCCAAUGGGAAGGACUAGACUCUACACAAGCAACAUGGGAAGAUGCUAAGGAAUUCAACCAAUCUUAUCCAGACUUCAACCUUGAGGACAAGGUUGUUUUUAAUGGGGAAGGAAAUGUUAUGAAGUCAGGGGAAACAAAUGAAGAAGGAAUUAAUGAAAAGGGCAUAAUAGACAAAGAGGUGGGUCACGUGGCACAUGACAAUGAGAAACAGAAAUUGAGAAGAAGCACUAGAGAGAAAAUAACCAAUUCUCAAUUGAGGGAUUACGUGUGUGGCUGA